CCCAAAGAAGAAGUGUAACCGGAAAAGAACAGCGAACAAGACCAAUUUCCACGUUAGAGUUGUUGUUAUAUAUACGUUUAUUAACACCAUGGAACUCGAAAUGAACAAUUUAACUGCACAACAUCACAUACUUACAGCACUUGGUUGACAGAUGUUAUCGAUUAUCGAGGUAACGCUAGCCAGCUAGUUAGCACAUAACGUUAGCUAACAAUGGCUAACAGUAUGGUUUUUCACACUCAAAUAGCCUCCAUUAUGGAGGUGCUAGCAAAUGCAGCCGUGGCAGAGAUCUGUAAACUCGUAGAUGACGACUAUGCAGUGUUUCGUUUGGAAAUGUCUCAAAGCCAGAAAGAAAACAGGGCAUUGCGGAGGAAACUACAGCUACUAGAACUGAGGGUAACACGGGAGCGCGUCCUCACCAGUCGUCCCAGUAGUGUCAAGAUCCUCGACCGCUACAGAGGAAUGGCAAGAGGUGAAGGACAUCUCACUGGAGGCCACAGAAGUUUUGUGAAGCCAGUGGGACACAAUACAUGGAGAGAUGACCAACCAAUCACUCUUGAUGAGGGGAGUGGAACCUCAACCCAGCCCAUUAUCGUGAAAGAGACUGCAGAUGCAGAGGCUGCUGGUCCUGGGGUCAAGCUGGAGAGGUCUGAAGGAGAGGAGGACCCACAGCUAAGCAGAGACAACCAGUCUGGACCGACUGGAGCGCGCCCUGUUGUCACAGAGGACACCGCUCCAGCGCAGUCCAGUUCCCAACGCAGCGUCACGGAGGUCUGUGGAACGCCAAACGCUGUCCUCAAGUCAGAGACGGACACUGAGACUUUAACUGUAACACACAGGCUCUUACACACAGGAUCUGACCAUAGGUCAGACGCAGAGAUACUUGGGCUGGGGCCAGUGGGCUGUCCUCCUGUUCCCGGCUCAGAAUACUUACCGAUAUUUCACCAGGUCCAGAGGACGGUUCAUUCUCGUGGAGAUGGUGAGGUGUUAUACACUGGCGUUGAUGACCUGUCUUGUACUUACGCUACAGAGAUGGACCCUGGCAACGUAUCCUUGGAUUUAGAGACACAGAAUGAUCUAUCUAGAGGGGACUGGAACCGGUACAGCAGUAGUGUAUACUCUGAAGGCUGCCUAGAUAACAAAGGAGAGGUUAUAGUCGUAGACGAAGUGACUGUGAAAGUGGAGGGCAACGCUCCUCCCACAUGGAAUGCAGAUAGUCACCUAGGAGACGGACACUCACAAGGCAGAGAUUUCUUAGAUUACAGGGAAAGCUUAGAGACAAAUCCAAACGUCGUCCACCCGUUCCGGGAUCGCGACCCAGUGUCCACGUCAAUGGGGCCUUCUGAUUCACACAGCUGCUCCCUUUUGGAUCAGGCAUUGAACUCAAAAGACAGGGCUAGAGCCCAGGCUUUGGGAGGGGGAGCAACAUCUGGCAAAAAACAAGGGGUGAAACCCUUUAGCUGUACCCAGUGUUCUAUGCGCUUCGCCCAGGCUGGCAACCUGAAGAGGCACCAGAGGGUACACACAGGGGAGAAACCCUUCAGCUGUACCCAGUGUCACAUGUGUUUCGCCCAGGCUGGUGACCUGAAGAGGCACCAGAGGGUCCACACAGGAGAGAGACCUUACAGCUGCCCCCAGUGUGAGAAGAGGUUCUCCCACCAGCACCAUCUGAAGAUGCACUUGAAGAUCCACACUGAAGCGAGGCUGUUCGCCUGUACGCCCUGCGGGAAGAGAUUUUCAGAGAAGAGCUACCUCAGGAUACACCAGCAGAAAAACCAUUCCACUCUAUAACAUAGAAAGUAAACAUUUGACUCGAUAGCUUCUGACGUUUAGAUCAAACCCUGCAUUUUAAAAGAUUAACUUUCAUUGUUGUCAGAAGAAAAUGUUGAUUAACAAGAGUCACAGAUUUCAGUGUUGAAUAUUCCUGGGUAGAAUAUUGCAUCCAGGCUUUGUGCCUAAAAAAAAUGUGUGUUUGUACUGUGUAGGCCAGUGGUCACCAACCUAUUCAAGAUCACUUUCAUUGAUCUAUCACUCAGAAUUUUUUUUAAACAUUACUUAACAGUUCUGUAAGAAUGAGGUUUGUGCAGUCGGCCUAAUACAUUAUCACAGCAUACUGGCUAUAUGCCUGGCCUGCCAAUAUUGUUCUUCUCAGACCAUAUUUCAAAAGUCAAGCUUUGUUUACAAAAUAGAUCAGUUGGUGUAGCAACUUGCUAAGCAUAAAUUGAAAUAAUUUGCUUUUUUAUUUUACUGGACUGAUGGUACCUGCAUCUGAUUGUCAUGGUGCUUUCAAUACAAAUGGGAACUCUGGGAAAAAACGAGGUCAAAUCAUGUCAGUGGUCUUCAGGAUGGAAAGUCGGAGGUCUAGAAAGAUGCCAGAGUUUCUGACUUGUAAUUCAUGACCGUUCAAAAAAACAAAAAAUCCAGUUAGAUCUCAAUUUUUUCAGAGUUCCCAGUUGUUUUGAACACAACAUUAGUCUCAGUGGAGGGAGAGAACAGCAGAGGGUCCACUUCUUACAGUCACUGCUCUCUCCUACCUACCUUUCCUCUGGUGAGACUGAACAGAGAGAGGGGACACCGUCUUCCACCUGAUGGCCGCAUCUGCCUCAUGCCCAAAUUCAUGUUCCUAUGACCAGAGAAAGUGAAAUAUUCCUCUAAAAAUAGACACAACAAUGGACUAAUAAUAAUAACAAACGCAGGGCUAGCAAUACACUUGGCUACUCAUUCAUUGCAGCUGCAUCGCGAGUGGAAGUAGUAGAGAAGAGCGUUUUAUGUUUUGCAAUGGUGCAGAUGUCUUCUUUUUUUUACAUGAACUCACUCAUAAAAACAGCAGCUCUUCACUGUAUUCUUUGACAGUCUCUGUGGUCAUGGUUUUAAAAGUUAUUAAGUCUUACGUAGGCUAGUAUCAAACUUUACUGUGGAAGCUCUGUAGGCAGAGUGAUUUGAGCUAUCCGAUUGGCCAGUGCAGUAGGCGCACUCGAUUUAGCCACAGAUCUCUCGGUCUGCCUGGUAGGUUUGUCAUUACAGACAAAUUAAAUGGUUCAAAAUGGGAAGACUUUGCUUAACCGGUAACAGCACCUACCGCCAACAGCACAACACAAAUAUACAAUUUUAAAGAUGGAGCGCAAGCCUUUAUCACAGCCUUUAUCGUCGGUUUUUCUACAGAAAUGUUUGGUGUGGAAUGCCUUGAAGAUUGACUGGUUGAGGAUUGACCAUUGGUGUAGGCUAUAUAGUUGUUCACAAAUGCCUAUUUUAUACAUCCAUUCACCAACUUAUUUUUUUCCUAAGACACUUUUAAUGAGAAAAUGAAUGCAGUUUAUCAAGUUAAUGCAGAUUCUUAGUUGAGGUCUGUGUAUGUGUGGUUUUCACCCUAUUCUGCAUUCACCCGACAGCGCUUUAACAAAUCUAAUCAAAUCAAAGUUCACUGGUCGCAUACACAGAUUUGCAGAUGCUAUCGCAGGUGCAGCCAAAUGCUUGUGUUUCUAGCUCCAACAGUGCAGUAAUUAAUACCAAGUAAUACAAAACAAUACACACAAUCCCGAGUGGCGUAGCGGUCUAAGGCACUGCAUCUCAGUGCUAAAGGCGUCACUACAGACACCCUGGUUCGAAUCCAGGCUGUAUCACAACCGGCCGUGAUUGAGUCCCAUAGGGCGGCGCACAAUUGGCCCAGUGUCGUCCGGGUUUGGCUGGUGUAGGCCGUCAUUUUAAAUAAUAAUUUGUUCUUAACUGACUUGCUUAGUUAAAUAAAUGUUUAAAAAUAUAUAUUUAUAUAUAAGUAGAAAUUAAGAAAUAUUAGUACGAGCUUUGUCAGAGUCCGGAAUAUACAGUGAAAGUAUUCAUACCCUUUGACUUAUUCCAUAUUUUGUUGUGUUACAGCCUGAAUUCCAAAACAUGUUUUUAGAAAUUUUUGCAAAUGUAUUGAUAAUGAAAUACAGAAAUAUCUCAUUUACAUAAGUGUUCACACCCCUGAGUCAAUACUUUGUAGAAGCACCUUUUGGCAGUGAUUACAGCUGUAAGUCUCUAAGAGCUUUCCACACCUGGAUUGUGCAACAUUUUCCCAUUUAUUAUUUUCAAAAUUCUUCAAUCUCUUUCAAAGUAGUUGUUGAUCAUUGCUAGACAACCGUUUUCAGGUCUUGCCAUAGAUUUUCAAGUAAUUUUAGUCAUAACUGUAACUCGGCCACUCAGGAACAUUCACUGUCUUCUUGGUAAGAAACUCCAGUGUAGAUUUGGUCUUGUGUUUUAGGUUGUCAUGCUGAAAGGUGAAUUAAUCUCCCAGUGUCUGGUGGAAAGUAGAUUGCACCAGGUUUUCCUCUUGGAGUUUGCCUGUGGUCCAUUUCAAUUUAUUUUUUAUCCUGAAAUAACUCCCCAGUCCUUAAAGAUAACAAGCAUACCCACAACAUGAUGCAGCCAACACUAUGAUUGAAAAUAUGUAGAGUGGUACUCAGUGAUGUAUUGGAUUUGCCCGAAACAUAACACUUUGUAUUCAGAACAAAAAGUGAAUUGCUUUGCCACAUGUUUUGCAGUAUUACGUUAGUGUCUUGUUGCAAACAGAAUGCAUGUUUUGGAAUAUUUUUAUUCUGUAAAGGCUUCCUUUUCACUCUGUAAUUUAUGUUUGUAUUGUGGAGUAACUACAAUGUUGUUGAUCCAUCCUCAGUUUUCUCCUAUCACAGCCAUUAAACUCUGUAACUGUUUUAAAGUCA